AUGGAGCGCUUUAACCGGAUGCUCCAGGCUGCCCAGGGCAUGGGCAUGGGCAGCGCGGCUGCCGGUGCUGACGACCUGUUGGCGGUCUCUGGUGUGGAGGAGAAGAUGCAAAGAGGAAAUGAAAAGGUGCAAGUUGAGAGUGUCCGUGUUCUGAUGAGAAAUGGCGUGCAGGAUAGCCCCAACCUGAUCGACAACUCCGAAACCGUCCACAUCUCGUCGCUAGCCCUGCUGAAGAUGUUGAGGCAUGGGCGAGCAGGUGUCCCUAUGGAGGUCAUGGGCCUGAUGCUGGGCGACUUUGUUGACGAAUACACGGUGCGAGUGGUGGAUGUUUUUGCCAUGCCGCAGAGCGGUACGGGAGUUAGUGUUGAGGCCGUCGAUCCCGUGUUCCAGACCAAGAUGAUGGAGAUGCUGCGACAAACAGGACGACAAGAGACUGUCGUGGGUUGGUACCAUUCGCACCCCGGGUUCGGCUGCUGGCUGUCGUCCGUCGAUAUCAACACCCAGCAAUCCUUCGAGCAGCUUACUCCGCGUGCUGUUGCCGUCGUCGUAGAUCCCAUCCAGUCCGUCAAGGGCAAAGUGGUCAUCGAUGCGUUCCGCCUGAUUGCUCCGCAGACGGUGGUCAUGGGCCAAGAGCCUCGACAGACGACGUCCAAUCUGGGGCAUCUGAACAAGCCGUCGAUCCAGGCACUGAUCCACGGCCUGAACCGACACUACUACAGCAUUGCGAUCAACUACCGGAAGACGGGACUGGAGGAGAACAUGCUGAUGAACCUGCACAAACACGUGUGGACGGAGGCGCUGCAGAUGAAUGAUUUCCGCGAGGACGCAGCGCGCAACGUGGAACGCAUGAAGCGGCUCGUCGAGCUGGCGGAGGGCUACGAGAAACGAGUCAAGGAGGAGACGGAGUUGACCAAGGAGCAGCUGAAGACCCGAUAUGUGGGCAAGGUUGAUCCGAAGAAGCACAUUCAAGACGUAGGCCAGGAGCUUAUCGAGGACAACAUCGUCGCCCUGUCGAGACAGAUGAUCGACAAGGAAUCGUGCGUGGCCCGAGUACCAAGCACCACCAAGGGGGCCGAAAACGGCACCCACAUGGACGUUGAUGAAGAGCUAUAG